UACGGGAUUGGUCAAUUUAGAUUUUAGCUGUAUUGGAUUUGCGUUUUGAAUAUUUACAAUAGCAAUAACAACAUUCCCAAUUCUUUGGACUUUUUAUAUCAUUGAAAUAAUUGACGUACCACUAACUCCUUAAGUAAUACAAUUACAAAAUAAUCUGUGAUAUAUUUACAAAAAUUAUACUUUGGAGGUAUAUAUAGGCCGCCAAAAUUAAUUACUACUCCAAAUACAACGGCAAUAUCUCCACAAUGGCAAAGCCAGUACUGUAUUCUUACUGGAGGAGUUCUUGUUCUUGGCGAGUGAGAAUUGCAUUAAAUCUUAAAGAGAUCCCAUAUGAUAUAAAAGCUGUUAGUCUCAUCAAGGGAGGUGGAGAACAGCACUGUAAUGAAUAUAGAGAGGUAAACCCAAUGGAACAAGUACCCUCACUUGUUAUUGAUGGACAUACAUUAAUUGAAUCUCUAAGCAUAAUGCAUUAUUUAGAAGAAACAAGACCACAACGACCUCUUAUGCCUCAAGAUUGUUUUAAAAGAGCUAAAGUUCGAGAAAUUUGUGAAAUUAUAGCAUCAUCAAUACAACCUCUGCAGAAUUUAAUAGUUCUCAUAUAUGUGGGUGAAGAUAAAAAAAAAGAAUGGGCCCAGCAUUGGAUCAUGCGAGGGUUCAGAGCCAUUGAAAAACUGCUCUCAACUUGUGCAGGGAAAUACUGUGUUGGUGAUGAGAUCACACUCGCCGACUGCUGUCUGGUGCCUCAAGUAUUUAAUGCACGCAGAUUUCAUGUGGAUCUCCGUCCGUUUCCAAUAAUACUUCGUAUAGAUCGUGAGUUGGAGAAUCACCCAGCAUUCCGAGCAGCUCAUCCUUCAUCACAACCUGACUGUCCACCUGAAGUUGCCAAGUGAAUAACCACAAACAGCUAUGGUUGAACAUUCCAACAGAUUAUAUACUCUUUUUUUUUAAUUUUUUUUUUAGCAAAAAUUGUGCUAUUCAGCUUUUAUAAUAUUCACUCUAUAACCAUAGUAACUAUGAUUAUGAUUUAUAUUUUAUGUUUGAUAAUGUAACUUUAAAUGAUAUGUCUUUAUUGUUUUUUAAUAUAAUGUGCAGUACAUAUCUAGUCAUAAUAUACACAUGAAAUGGGGGUUUUACAAGGUUUUGGUAUUGUGUAUGUCUGCAGUUUUUUAAGUAUAACUUAAGUGUGAACAUUGUAACUGUUUUAACAUAAUGAAUAAAAUGCAAAUAAUGCUGUAUUAAGUAAUAUAUAACUUAUCAAAUGCUUUUAUAUCAAGAAACAUUCCGCAUUUAUAGUUUUUGACGUAAGUAUUUUAAAAAUGGUAUAUGAUAGUCUAUGAUACUAUUACUGACGUGCCAUAAACAAAGCCUUAGUAAUUAGUAUACCAUUGUUUACAUUUUUUUGUUGUUACUUUUGUUUCUAAAUAAAAAUAGACUUUGAAAUUUGA